GAUGAUAAUUAUCGUGGCGCACUCGGCAAGAUCGUCGGCGGCAUUAUAAAUAUUUACCGAAAUGCCGUAUAUUGUAUCCAAUUGGACGAACUUCUUAUUCGUGUUUUAUUUCCGUACAGGAGAGAAACAAUACAAGUGCGACAAAGCGGGAUGCGGCAAGUCUUUCGCCAGAAACGAAGAACUGACCAGGCACAAGAAGAUCCACAGCGGCAUCAAGUCCUACGUCUGCCACGCCUGCUCCAAAGGUUUCGGCAGGAAAGACCACUUGACCAAACACCAGAAAACUCACCUGAAGGCGUCCGAGAAGAAAAUGCACAAGUGUUACAUCGUGGGGUGUAACCACGAAUACACCCGGUCCGACGCGCUGGCCAGGCAUCUGUCCAACGCCCACGACAUCAAAAGCAAUUCCUCCAAGAGCCGCGCAAAGACAACAUUCCUUCCCACCUUACCCGCCUACCCCAUCAAUCCCCAUCGGAAUGUCUACGCCGUACUCUGACCGUCCUCCUUGUAAUUAAGAAUUCUGUGAUAUUUUCGCUAGUCAUUUUUAUAAUUGUUUUAUUUAAUAAACGCUGUUUACGU